UUAUUAGGAGUUGCAAUGUCAAAAAAAAAUAUACAAGAAAUGAGCAAUGAUUGUUUUUUACCGUUUGCAGUACUUGGAAGUUUUUGUAAAUCACUCAAUAUUGUUGGAUCACAUGAUACAAUAACAUAUAUCAUUCAAACAUUUAUGAAUGAUCCAUGUUUGCCAAGAAAUUCAGAGGAAAUUUUAAUUCAAAAAACAUUUGACAAAUUUAUUUGGCAAUGUACAGUUGCUUAUGGAAUAAUGGUUGAAGUAACAUCAAUUGGUUUAACAUUUGGUACACUAUUGUUGGAUUUGGGACCAGGUGUAUUGCCAUUUCCUGCCUGGUUACCGUAUAAACAUGUAGAUGGUUUUUCUUACUGGUUUGCAUAUUCACAUCAACUACUUGCAGGGAUUAACGCAGCAACUUUUGCUAUUGGUUAUGACACUUUGAUACCUAGUCUUAUGAUUCAAAUUGUAUCAAAAUUCAAAAUUCUUCAGCAUAGAUUUGAAAAUUUUUAUGCAAUAAAUAAAACAGAUAAUAAAUAUGAUUAUAUAUUAAAAAAUGAAAAAGCUUUUAUUUCUGAUUGUGUUAAAUUUCAUGAAAUUUUACUAUCUGAAAUAAUUAAUGAGAAUUUUGAUUUUGUUAUUUUUAUGCAAUGCUCGUUGAGUGUUUGUCUUAUAUGUGUUGGAGUUUUAAAUAUUGAUAAAUAUCAAACAUUUUCACAAGAAUGGACAGCUGCAAUUUUUUAUCUUGGCUGUAUGCUAUCACAAAUAUUUAUUCUAUGUGCUGCUGGAAAUGAAGUGACUCUUGUAAGCAGUCAGCUUGGAGAAGCAGUAUAUAGUAUGAACUGGACUUAUUUAGAUACAAGUACAAUUAAAAGUCUCAUUUUAAUAAUGAAUCGUUCAUUACAUCCAAUUGUAUUUACAAGUAAAAAUAUUGUAACACUUUCACUUGAUUCAUUCACAAAUCUUAUAAAAAUUUCAUACUCAACAUAUAACGUUCUUCAUCGUACAUAA